AUGGAGAUCCUCCAUCAGACACACCCUCUCAAUGGAAGACCAGCACCGCCCAUCUCGGAAACCACAGCUAUCCUCCUCGGCCUCACCUUUACAAUCUUCUACGYCGCACCCUUCUACAUCUCUCCCACCCUCCGUACCACGCCUCUCAACUCCCGCGACUCCCCCACCGUAAUCAGCGCCCGAAUCCGCGCCGUGCUCCUCUCCUGCCUGGCCUCUACCCUUCUCACAGUCGCAAUCCUCAUCACAUACGCCCAAGCAUCUCCCCAGGAAAUCCUCCGCCUAUUCGGAAUCCACCCCAUCAAUCCCUUCGACAUCCUCUCCAUCCUGACCCUCCUGGCCAUCCUCUUCGCGGGACCCCUCUAUGAACACCUUCUCAUCGACUCCGCCUGGAAAUCCUUCAACAUCGACACUCUGUUCGCCACUUUCUGGACUUCUCCCACCAGUCAUAGGAACCUGGUGAUAGCUCCCUGGUGCGAGGAACUCGUCUUCAGAUCCCUCGUCAUAGCCCUCUACCUCCUCACCGGAACUUCCCCGGCACGCAUCAUCUUCACUUCUCCACUAAUCUUCGGAGUCGCGCAUAUUCAUCACUUGGUGGAGAAUCUCUCCUCGCGCACCCCACCAGGAAGGACGUUUCCCUCCGCACAGGUGGUGAUUAUGGUGCUGGUGAUGAGCGUGUUUCAAUUCGCUUACACGAGUCUCUUUGGCUUCUUUGCCGCAUUUGUGUUUCUGCGCACGGGAAAUGUCUUUGCUGCCGUCGCGGCGCAUACUUUCUGUAAUUGGAUGGGUUUGCCAAGGGUAUGGGGGAGGGUGGGAGAGGUGGAGAUGCAGAUGGUGGGGGAUAUCACGCCGUAUGAUGCGCAGGGGAAGCAACCGGCGUCGUCGUCCAGCAGGCAGAAGCAGAUGUAUCGGCCGAGAUAUGUAUUGGGCAUGGGCUGGACGGUCGUGUACUACAUCUUACUGGUGGGAGGAGCGUAUGGUUUCCAUCGGACGCUGUGGAUGUUGACGGAGAGUGGGAAUGCUCUCGUUGCAUUUUGA